AUGGACGUAGGCAUGGAAAUUCAAAGAGAGGAACCCACCUUCGAGUCUGUCAUAACUGAGAAGGUCGCUCUUCAUAAAGAAUUACAAGAGGAAGAUCUAUAUACCAAGUACAAGAAGCUUGCGCGUCAUCUAGAGCUCUUCGACAUCCAAGAGAGCUACAUAAAGGACGAGCAAGCGAAUCUCAAACGCGAGCUCAUACGUGCUCAGGAGGAGGUGAAGCGCAUCAAAUCUGUCCCGCUCGUCAUCGGGCAAUUCCUCGAGGCAAUUGACCAGCACACUGGUAUCGUGGGUUCGACCACCGGCUCGAACUAUGUCGUGCGCAUUUUGUCGACAUUAGACCGAGAACUGCUCAAGCCCUCGUCGUCUGUCGCCCUUCACCGGCAUUCAAAUGCCCUUGUGGAUAUCCUUCCUCCGGAGGCCGACUCAUCAAUAGCCAUGCUUGGAAAGGAGGAAAAGCCUGAUGUGUCUUAUCAAGAUAUCGGUGGAAUGGACCUGCAGAAGCAGGAAAUACGUGAAGCAGUCGAGCUUCCCCUCACGCAUUUCGACCUUUACAAAAAGAUUGGUAUCGACCCGCCUCGCGGUGUCUUGCUUUAUGGACCACCUGGUACGGGCAAGACUAUGCUUGUGAAAGCAGUCGCACAUCAUACAACCGCGUCUUUUAUUCGCGUAGUUGGUAGUGAAUUCGUGCAGAAAUAUCUGGGAGAAGGCCCUCGUAUGGUCCGUGACGUCUUCCGACUUGCCAGGGAGAACGCCCCUGCCAUUAUCUUCAUCGAUGAGAUAGAUGCUAUUGCGACCAAGCGGUUCGACGCUCAAACGGGAGCGGACAGGGAGGUACAGCGUAUUCUACUGGAGCUUCUCAAUCAGAUGGAUGGUUUCGACCAAGGAAGCAACGUCAAGGUCAUUAUGGCCACGAACCGUGCAGACACGCUUGAUCCUGCUUUGCUUCGUCCUGGUCGUCUUGACAGGAAGAUUGAAUUCCCUCUACCAUCGAGGCGUGAAAAACGUCUCAUAUUCCAGGCUGUGACUAGUAAAAUGAAUCUUGGUCCGGAUGUAGACCUCGAGGAUUAUGUGUCAAGACCAGAUCGGUUAUCCUCCGCAGAAAUAUCUUCCAUUGCACAAGCAGCUGGUCUUCAAGCUGUGCGGAAGAACAGAUAUGUUAUUCUCCCAGUUGAUUUCGAAGAGGCGUGGAAACAAACCGUCAAACGCUCCGACGAUACUCACGAGUUUUGUGAGCCCUUGUUCAUCUAUCUGCGAUGCACAGUACUGAUUCCAUAUCACCAAUCCAGACCGGUAGUAUAUGCAUCGUAA